GUAGAUAUUUUAUAAUAAUUCUGUUUAUAGAUGAUUGUGGAAUUCAUGAAUGGCAUGGUGAUCGAGUUGAAAAUGCAGUGCUUAUGCUUCGAACUAAGCACUAGCAGUUAGCUUGUGUGUUGUUAGCUAGCACACAGCUGGGCUGCUAACCUGUACAGAGAGUCACCGAGCCACUGGUCAAAUCGGAUUACUGUAUAUUGCACAAUAAAGACAGUCUACUGAUUAAGAGGAUUACAUUUCAUCAUGGGAAAACGAAAAGUUCCAGAUUUGUAUCGUGCCCCUUUCCCCCUCUACACUGUUAAAAUCGAUCCUAAAACUGGACUCAUCAUUACUGCAGGAGGGGGCGGAGCUUCCAAGACCGGCAUUAAGAAUGCAGUGCAAUUCCUUGGUUUAGAGCUAGUGGGAAACCAACACAGUGCCACUCUGGUGCACUCUCAUGACACAGGAUCAAGUGCCACCAUGAACAUGGCACUGGGAGGAGAUGUGAUUGCUGCUGGACAAGAUGGCAACUGCAGUGUUAUGCGCUUCAGACAGCAAGGGCCUAAAGAAGGACGAUCAACUGCUCCAAAAGAUGGAUCUGGAGAGCAGGGAAGUGCCAGGAGGAGAGGAGCGAAAAGCCAGAGUGGUGGUGCUGCUGGUCCUGCUGGUGAUGCUCCCCAGACAAAGGACAAGUCAAUGCAGAUUUUAGUGAACAAUGUUGGAGUGGUGCAGUCAGACUUCAGCCCUCAGGACCCGCUCCAGAAGUGUGUGCGCUUCAGCUCUGACCUGAAGCUCCUUCUUACAGGAGGAACUGACGGAUACGUGAGAGCGUGGGAGUAUCCCUCCUUGAAAGAGAAGUUGAACUUCAAAGCUCACCAAGAUGAGAUAGAAGAUGUAGACAUCAGCCCUGAUAACAAGCGUAUCGUGACAGCAGGGAGAGAUUUUGCAUGCAGUGUAUGGAGCGAUGAUCAGCUCAUGCUCGGUUUACGCUGGCAUGACCACAUGCCCCAUAUUACAGAGAAGAUGUAUCGCUAUCAGUCCUGUCGGUUUGCUAAAGUCGAGGACCAAAAAGAUGCACUAAGACUGUACACGGUCCAGAUUCCACACAAACGGGAGCGUAAACCACAACCAUGCUACCUCACAAAAUGGGAUGGCAGGAGCUUCUUGCCUUUGCUAACUAAAUCAUGUGGCAAUGAAGUGAUCUCCUGUUUGAGUGUGAGUGACUCUGGAACCUUUCUUGGUCUUGGCACCGUCACAGGAUCGGUGUCCAUCUAUAUCGCAUUCUCACUGCAGAAUCUGUACUAUGUAAAGGAAUCCCACGGCAUUGUGGUGACAGACCUAGCGUUCCUACCUGAUGACCCCAAAAGCAAACCUGUAAAGGGAAAUAAUGAAGUAGCCAUGCUGAGUGUGGCUGUAGACAGUCGCUGUCAGUUGCAUACCGUGGCCAACCGGAGAUCUGUUCCGAUAUGGCUGGUGGUGUUCCUGUGUAUUGCACUGCUUGUGGGUGUCAUCCUGCUCCUGCAGCAUUUCUUCCCAGGGUUCAUUUAAAGACGUGGUCGAACACAGCAUACCUCUCUUGCCACCAAGGAGAAAUUCUGAUAUUGGAAAAGCAUUUUAACUGAAGAAUCAUCUCAGGAGCUUGCAUUUAUGCUCUUAAUAGUUAGGAAUGAAGAACUGUUUUUUUUUUUUUGUUUGUUUGUUUUUUUUACUUUGUGAUAGAGCCAUCUUUGUCUGUCCAUGUGUCUACAGUCAUCUUUUCAGUGCUACAUACAACAGAUUGAACAGUGAGAAGAAAAUGACCUUUGCGAAGGCCUCAUGGACCGCUUGAAGGUCUCAACAUCUGUUCAUCCUGCAUAAUGCCUUUAAUGUAAAACAUGGGGGAAGACACAUCAUUGGAUAAUUUUAAUUAUUUAAGCUAGAUGGAAAUAUAGAAUUCUGAAAAAAAAAAAUCUUUGUGAGUCUGCCAGGUGCCUUUAGAACUUUAAUGCUGUUGAACCCAGUGGAAUUUAUCAUGCUACAGUUUGUGCACAAUUAAGGGAAUGUGAAUUGUGUCAGACAAAUACGGUUUACAAUGGAGGAAAAGAAAUAUAUAUACAAGCAAUUCAUAUUUAUUUUGAAAUGAGUUAAGGUGCUACCUAAGCAAUUUCAUUUCUUGUUAAUAGCCCCAGUAAUUAUUUAAAAAAUUCAUUUCAUAGAAUAUUUUAUAUUUUUUAAUCAUUUCCAUUAUACUUUUUCAUAAUUGGCAAAAAAUGAAAUAAAAAAAAUGCUAACAAAUAUGGACUAAAACCAAUUUUACUCAAACAUUUCAUGAAUGAAUUUAAUAGCUUUUUUUCUGUUGAGGAUUUUGUGUGGGUUUUUAGGUUUGAUUUCAGCACUUUCCUUAGCCUUUUUCUUGUUCUUUUAUUUAUCAAUAGAAAAUUUGCAUUCCUCCACUAGAGGCCAGUAUGUCUUCAUUUAGAAGCCACAUCGAGUUGAUUUGGGCGAAUACAGUAUGUUAUAAGGGAAAAUAUGAAAUAAAAGUUCCUUAUCUGUUCUUUUCA